UAUUUUAAAAUAUAUUUUCUCAAGACAUUUUAUUUUUUUGUAAAUAAAAUAAAUAAUCAUGCCUCGUCAACCUUAUAUUUCAAAGGCUAAAAUUACAAUUGAUUCACAUAAACAUGAUGAUCAAAUUAAAAGUAUUGAAGAAGCUCAACAUGAAGCAGUACGUUUAGAUAAUAUGGAUGCCAAAAAUGCAGAUAUUAAAGAGGCAAGAUAUGAAGUAGAAGACAAAUUUGACGACUUGGAUAAUGAAACCGUUCAAAACAAAAAUUCGUACCAAGUUGGACGCAUUGAUUUAUCAUUUCCUGAAACUGUUGAAGAAUUUAAGGAUUCUAUUCACUGCUAUCCACCUUCCUACUAUACUAUAUCAGCUAAAGAACGGCUACUGUUAUUAUAUGCAGAAAAUUUUCGACACCAGUUUGUUAUUAACAAUUCGAAUAGACGUCCCCUAGUUUUAGCCCUACCCAAUGAAUGUAAUGUACAAAAAUUCGUAUGUACCACAAUACGACCUACAUCAUUUCUCCAUAGACCUUUAAUUAGAAAUGCGGAAGAGUGUGCAAGUUUCGUUGCAGAUUUCAUUAUUUACGAACCAUUAGAUGAUAUGAUGAGUUUUCCCAAAAGCCUGAUGUCACCGUCAACUUUGCUUAGACGACGUCGCGGGAAUAGCUUUGAAAUGGCGACACUUCUCUGUAGUAUGCUUAUUGGGGCUGGAUUUCCAGCAAUGGUUGUAUCUGGAGUUGCUCGUGCAGACACGGUAGAAAAUAAUCAACGCAAUGUAAAAUAUCCACAUAAAAUAAUCGAUAUUACAAUUGAUGACGAUACAAAAGACAACGUAAAAGCCGAACAGACGUACAGGCUGAGACAAAUGCCAGAUUUGGAAAGUCGCUUGCAUGAAAAUAUUGCACAACUUUUGAGUGAAAGAUCAGAAAAAGAACUACGAAUACAAGAAGAAAUCACGAGAGCUGAGCUUGAGGAGCUUGAAUUAAAAGCGGCAGAUAAGUUUCAUUAUCGAAGAUCGCAUGCAUGGGUGGCAAUAAUUGAAAACGCUCCAUGGAGUAUAAAGCCAAAGAAAAAAUAUAAAAACGAUAAUGAAGAACCACCUAGAGCGCAUUUUAUUGAGCCAUCUACAGGACUUUUCUGUGAUUCUAAUAACAAAAACUAUAUUUUAAUAGAUAGUGUAUGGAAUAACUUACAAUACUAUGUUAACAAACAACAAUAUUUACGCGUUAAAGACAUUCGAUGGGAUCUAAGAAAUAUUGAAGACUGGGAACAUCUUUUGCCGGGAGAACCGAAAGAAAUGCGAACUCAUGCAGUACAUUCUGAUGAAAAUAUAAUUUCCACAGAUCACCUUUUAGCUGAAGAAAAACAUUUAGAUACCAUACGCUCCUGGGUAACUCGAAUGCAUAUUGGCGAGAAGGACUUUGAAGAACGUUUUCCACAACUUCAGAAAACCAUAUUAUACAAAGGUGCUAAACAUGAGAGAUUCUCUCCAUAUACACAAAUGGAUGGCAAAGUAAUGCAGCUAACACUAUAUGCUGAUGAUGAUUACCAGAAACCUACUAUGCGCUGGGAAUACUAUGAGAAUCGAUCGGAUUUACUUGUUCAACUAAAAUUCAAAUAUGACACUUUCGAAAUAGAAGAAACCUUUGAGAAAGGUCGAAAUGAUAGUUUAAAAUUUCUUCGUUCAAAUAGGAAUACAUUGGCACCAAAAGAACUGUAUUUCUUUUCCGAUCCCAGACAAGAUUCGCUGAAAUAUUUAAAACUUGAAAGUGAUCGCAUCAUGCUUCAUUACAGGAAGCGAACUGAUUUUUGCUUCUAUCAAGAGUUUGAAUUUAAGGCUGCAGAUCAAGUGCUAAAGAAAAUUGUGGAGAAAUUUAAUCGCAACUUAUUUAUACCAGCUGAUAAAGAUAUUGCCGUUCGCACAUUCAAUCUAAAUGAACGUAAAAUUUCGCUAAAAUAUCACUAUGCCAAGGGUGCUUUGACAGCUUCAACUCGUGAAUUUAUAAAACCUCAAAAACCGGAUUAUGGACAACAAAUUAUGUUUGAUUCUUCUUUAAUAAAAUCCUACAAGGCGAAUGUAGCCGACCCUGAUCUCACAUCUCUGGAAUUAUAUCGAAUUUUAUUGAAUCAAAUGCAGUAUGAAGAGAAACUAAAAAAACAGUUUGAAAAAUUUUUGGAAGAAACUAAUACAAUUUUGGAUCAGCGAAAAAUUGAACUCGAAAACUCGUGUCUUGAAUUUCACAUUUUUGAUUCUCUUCGCAAUAAAGGUGCACGCACAAAACGUCUACAACAGUAUGCUGAUGAAGAAGUUUAUCAACGUGAACUUAAAGCUAAACCCGCGGACUUUCUCGCUCCCUAUUUAGUAGCUUAUAAAAAUCGUAAACUCACUUACGAAGAAUCAUGGGCUGCCUACAAUGCCUGCCUUUUUGAUUUAAAAUCUCGGUUUAUUGGUCUUCUCAAUGAUUUACAACGGCAGUAUGAAGAUCUUACAACAGAAUCAAAAUCAUUGCAAAGAUUUUUGAAUAAAUUUGAGAAUCAAUUUAAUAAUUAUGACUACGAACAACUGGUAAAUGAGGCAAAGGAAAUUGAAUUGAACAAACGUAUGGUACAGCAACGUUUGACUUUAACACAUGAAGGAUCCCAAAAAAAAUAUGAAACCAUAAAAGAGUCAUUGCUACAUGAUUCUCGAUUAAAUCUGCAUCCAAAUUUAUAAUAUGAAUUUAUGUUUUUAGAUUUGAUUAAAUAAACAAAUUACAGUUAUUUUAAUAUUCAAAAUACAACUGAAGAACUUCUUGCAGUAACUCGUUAUGCCACAAAAAUAAAAUUUUUAAUAAAUUGACAUUUAAAUUAAAAAAAAUUAAAAAAAAUUGUACUUUAAACACGCUUAAUAACUAUAAUCAUAACU